AAAUUCCACAAAGAAAAUCCUAGAAAUAAAACUAACAACGUGCAAAACUCCGUAUCAUGUACAAAAUUUCUAAGCAUCAAAGUAGCCAAAAAGUCUAAACGAAUCAUCGACUGUAAAAGCUAAUCAAGCGUCCCACACGGCGCGAGAUCCUCCGGUUCCAUCCACUCGAACGAAACCUAACCUGGAAAAAGCCCUGAACAGAAGAAGGCUCGUGGCCUCGGCCUUCGACGACCCAUUGGCCGCGGAGGAGACGAAGAAGACAGUCUACCAGAGGAAUCACGCUACGUUUACGGUGGGGGAGUAGCGUUAGAAGGGGUGAAAGCGGCAGGAGAGGCUGCUGAAACGGGGCUGCGGCGUUCCUUCAUGCGGCGAUCUGGCCGCACGAGGCCGCGCUGGCGCAGCAACCUUCUUCUCCACUACGUUUGCGCGUUGUGCACCCUUCUACGGGGUGCGUCCGUGCCGGCAACGCUGUUCAUGGACGGCAGACAGUUUCCACGGCACUCGACGAACGCCGUUCCCCGUCCAGUCGUGACGAAGCAUUCCAUUCGACCCUCGAAACCGCGACGAUAUCGCGUCCGUGAUCCAACAAGUCGACCAAAUCAUCUUCUCGUCCUCGUCGUCGACCCUCAAUCGCUGAAAACGCGAGAAUCUUUUUGAAAGAAGCAUCAUCGUGGGUCGAACACGCGACUAGCAUACUCCGAGGAUGCUGCAAGCAACGUGCAGCAACGUGGCAAGCUUCUGAAGCAAGAUCUCUUCCAGUGGAACCUUCGUUGGAUCAUCUCGUCUCUCCCUGGAUCUGCUCGUUUCUUCUUGGCUCUUGCUACUUGUACGGGCUCGCGGAGAUGAUUCUCCGAGAGAUUUAACUUUCUCGUCGAUACAGCCCGUGUAUUCUACCGGGAAAACCCAGUUUGGUGAAGUAAAUCGUUCGUCGGAGAAAGAUUUCGAUGGUCGAACCGGUUGCUUGAGACGAAUAACAGAUGACAGGGUCGCGGAUCGAUGUAAACGACGAACAGGCUCCGGGCUCCUCGAUCGCAUCUAAAAGGUGGUGGCGAAGGGCGAAAUAGCCGAGACGUGCACGGUUGAUCGACUUAUCGAAACGAAGAUCCCUGUGUCUCGGGAAAAAACUCGCGACAGUACGAGGUGAGAAAUAAAAGAAGCUUCGGCUACUUCUAAAUAAGAAGUGUACUUUGAGAGGAUUCUAUAAGUGUUCUCUGAGAGGACUCUAUAAGCGUUCUCUGAGAGGAUUCUGUAAGUGUCUCUUGCACGUCGGAUUCGGAUCAGACAGAUUUCCAGAUCCGUCCAAGAGAAGCGAGUUACAAAAGAUUUUAAGGAAACCAGGUAUAAUUAAGAAGCUCCUGAUGCAUUUGUGAGCUCAGGUUUCUAUGAGAUUUUUAAUUAGACGAGAAAAGAAAGGAUUUUCUAUGUAACGAUCGCGGUCGAACGAAGUUUUACGAGAUCUUUUAUUUGAAGAGAAAAGAAGGAAUUAUCUAUGUAAAGAUUGGAUCGGAACAAUUCGAGGAGCCGAAGGAAAAGUUUGCUACGCGUCGGUGAGGCGAUAUGCCCGGCGAUACGACUGUGGGAAGUUGAGGACUGGCUUGGUACGGGGCGAUCGCUGCCAAGUGCAGUGGCACGAUCUCGGUAACAUGGUCGACGACGACGGCGACGACGACGACGACGACAACAACGACGACAACGACAACGACAACGACAACGCGGAGGACGUUGGUGUGCGCUCGCGACGUCGGCGUCGACAUCGUCGUUGGCCGUAGCACAGUCGCGAAAGGAGGGAUGCCACGACGACCCACAUUCCGUCGAAUUUAAUUUCAUGCCUUAUCUCUGGUAACCACGGUACAAUGCUUCAACUGGGGCGGCUGCGAAUCCUUCUAUCUUACCCUUGCUUGCCAGCGCACCAAAUGGACGAGGCUCGAGGGAGGAUAGUGGAACGAUAGGAGGCGACCGGUUGCGGCUGCAGCUGCGGCGUCGGUCGCUGCACCUGCAGCUGCAGCUGCGGCGACGAGGAGGCUGCCGGUAGCAGCGUGCAGACGGUGGCUAAAACAUAAUGCAGAGCACAGGCGACUACUAUCAGAGGGCGCCGAGAUGCUGUCCAGGGAGGAACGCGAACGCAAACGCGGACGCGUUGAGGAUCAACGCUUCUGUCCGGGGAGCGGAGUUGCUGUGCUGUUGUUGUAGCUGCAGUACGGCAACAUCUACCAAGACACCGGGAUUAUUGGCCAGUCUGGGUGUCUGCGUGCUCGUGCUGGGUUACACGCUGUUGGGCGCGUUCGCGUUCAUGGCGCUGGAAGGUGGCCUCAAGUCGGAUUCAGGGAACGACCUGCUCAUUCCCGGUUCCAAGAACGGAGGAGGAUCGUACGUUGUGCCCAGUAUCGAGGAUGACACUGCGGCCAUGGAACUAAGAGCGCGCACCGUUGAAAGGCUCUGGAGUAUCACAGAGGACUUGAACGUGUUGUACAAGGAAAACUGGACACGAUUAGCAGCCAGGGAAGUGUUCGAAUUUCAGGAGAACUUGGCACGAGGUCUCAGGAGAACUUCCUCGCAGUACGAACCGAUAGGAUCAUCCUCUCGAUCCAGGGACCAUUCCAUGGACAGAAGAUCACAUAGAAAAUGGACCUUUAGUGGCAGUUUAUUGUAUUCCCUGACGCUGAUCACUACUAUUGGAUACGGUAGCGUGGCGCCUCGCACAGUCUGGGGUCGUUUAAUCACAAUAGUGUACGCUCUGGCUGGAAUUCCCUUAAUGCUGGUCUAUUUAAGCACGGUGGGCGAUGUUCUCUCAAGGAGCUUCCGUCGUUUGUACGGCAGAUUGUGCAGGCCUCGAAAUUGCACCAGGAAGCAACAACCGCCGCCACCGCCACCUCCUGUAGGUGGCAUGAUGAGCAAAACCUACAGAUAUGAUAACCAUGUCGACUCGAAAUCUGGAAAUUACUAUUCAGCUAGCAGAGAAAGCUCCUGCGACGAUCUAGGAACCAGAGGCACCAGCAGUGCCAUCUUGUUGGACUGUGGAAGCGAGGGACUGCUUCAUGCUACCACCAGCUCCACCGCAGCGCUUCAGGACGUAACAUCAGGAAACAGUAAACGCCAUUUUCACCCGUGCUCGCUGUCCCUGUCGACGAAUUCGUCGCCAGGUUACGUAGUGGAAACGAAUCCCGUGAGGAUACCGAUCAGUCUCUGUCUAGUAAUCAUGCUGAUCUACAUAUGCGGUGGCGCAGUGAUGUUCAAUCGUCUGGAGGGUUGGAGUCUCUUGGAAGGUGGCUACUUCUGCUUCACCAGCCUCGGAACGAUCGGUUUCGGCGACCUGAUGCCCGUUGGACGAAAUGCCGCGUCCGCCACCCUGGAGGAACUCAGUCUGUGCGCCUGCUCGCUCUACAUACUCGCCGGGAUGGGCCUGAUCGCCAUGUGCUUCAACCUCGUCCAGGAGGAGGUGGUACGCGUGGUCAGGGUCUUCGGUAGAACCUGCGGCAUGUCGUCGGGGGUGGUGGUCGGACCUAUCGGUGGUACAGGUGCCGGUCCUGGGCUCAAGGCCGACCUGGACGACGGAGGAGGCACCAGUGACUCGCGAUUGUCCGAACAAGAAGAAGAAGCGAUCGCCAUGUCCAUGGUGCCAACCUCCUGACAGCAUCAGGCCAGGAGUCCCGGGGAUGGGAAACU